UUGUGUGCGGAAGUGCGACGCGAACGAGUCCCGCCUACAGCAGUUCCUGGUAGGACCACUCUGAACUCCAGUGGGACCGGGACUUACACACGAGUGUGUGAACACACAGGUCGUCCCAUGGUACGUCAGCGACAGCUCUCCGUUUCAAGCGCAGCAGGAUGCCGAGGAGCGCGACGGACAGGGACGGCUUGGGACAAAGUUACGGUCGCUCAUAUUCGUCCGAGGAGACGGACCGAGGGGCGACCGAGUAUCACCCUGUGAGCCCGGGGAGGACAGCCGUGUCGGGGGAGGGAGACGGAGGGAGGCCGUCCACCACCACCACCACCACCCGGAGAGGUCCCUCGCAGUGGCCCGCCGUCGUGCUGUCAGUGCUGGGCUCCGCGGUGGCCGUGGCCGCUGUCGGCUGUUUCUGCGCCCUCGUCUACCCGAUACUCAAAGAGCUGCGGGCGCAGAGAGUGAGAAGGCAGGAUGGGACCGAAGAGAGGGUGCUGGGUUUCUCGAGUAUCCUGGUGCUGUCAGUAAUAGUAGGAUGUAUCAGCUGUGUCUUCUCAUGGACUCUCACCUACCUGAACUCAAACCAGGCUGGCGUGGUGGUCCCAACACUGACACUGGCCCACUUCAGAGAUGUAUCCGGCCGCGGGUUCCACUUGGGCUACGGCGUCGCUGUCCUUAACGGCAUCAUGGCCUUGCUCACCGUCAUCUGGAGCCUCACCUGACACACACAUCCUUAGUAGAAAUGCUGAGCUGCACAGGCAUCUGAUACUUGGCAGUGACCAUCAUUUAACAGUGUAAAGGCAUCUAAUUAUCUCCUAUUAUAUAUUUUUUUUUUUAUAGUUUCUAACUGAACUUUAGUCAUAGAGGACCAGCAGAGACACAGCUAAUUGAAUCAAUGUCAUCCUUUUUACCAGCAGGCUGUUAUUGUGUAUUACAUUUCUCAGUUAUGCUCCAGGUGUUUUGUAUCCAAACUAUUAAACUGUAGCCAAAAGGACAACAACGUCUUUGUGUCCGUCA